GUGAAACAGACAAGAUGGGAAAAGUUAACUUCUGCAAGAUUUCUACAAGACUCGUUGCCCUGCUGCUGCUGCUGCUUUUCGGAGUUGCCGCCUCAAGCCCGUUGUUACAAGAAACCGAAGACCCGAUUACCGUUCCGGCCAUCCAAUUCCUGAGCAAGACAGCCGGCCAAGACAUCUGCACCGCCUAUCAAGUUCGAGGACAGCUCUUCGUCACAUCGGCCCAUUGCCUGGGUGGGGACCACAGCGCAAUUCAACAACUCACCGCACUGGAUGUCGUUGGCCAAGGAACGCGCGAUAUCCAGGCUUUCGCUGUUCGUGGCCCCGAAGCGGAAGUCGGUGCGGAUAUCGCGUUGGUGAUGUAUGACGGUCCGGUAUUUGCCACGGAGACGGAGUCAGAAUCGGUGAUGCCCGACGGUGGCGGAUUCGUCGCCGCCUUUGGUCUCGGUCCACUGGAACGUUUCGAACGUGAGGGUGAUGAGGUUGAUGGGGCUGCGGCUGCCAUUGGGCUCAAUUGGCGUUUGACUGGCUCGGUUUUGGCUCUAUUUGGAUCGAUGACGCUGGUGAAGUGAACGACGGAGGAGAAGUAUGGUCGAGUAGUUCGACAGAGCUGAAACAACACUUGUUCAAACGUAUUAAUAUCAAAUAAAUGAAAUAUUUAUCGUAAACGAGUAA